AAGAAGAAGCAAGAAGAAGGACUUAGAGACUUUCCUCAUCACUCCGAAAACUAUAUCAUCAUCAGAUACCAGAUCAUAUUUGUCAUUGCUUUCUCCACUCCACCCUCUCUUGUUAUCGGUAGAAAUCUGCAUGAUGAAUCCAGCAUCAGAGUCUCGAUCAAGUCCUCAGCAACACCAAACCACUGUUAAUUCCACGACCGAGAUCCAGUUGCGGCCAAUAAUCGAUGACAUGUUUCAAAACUCAUGGGAAGCUGCAGAAAGAGGUUAUGAAACAUGUAGCUAUUAUGAAUCCAAGUUGAAGCAAAUCCUACAGUUCGCCUUCAUUGAUAUCAUCAUCAGCUUAAUGGCAGUGUUUGCAGUUUUCAUAGCACAGCGAGAUCUGAAAGGCCAUGCAAACGAAUUGCACCUUCUCAUCUGCGGCUACCUCACCACCUGCAGUCUUCUCUGUGGGGUAACCCUAAUGUUCUUCACCAUCAAUUUGCUAAGUCGCAAGAAUCAGAGUGUCCAAAGAGGCCAGCAUACGACCACCGUUUUCCUACUCGUCAUUUCAUGCGCUCUCCUCAUCCUUACAGCAGCUGGUUUCUCAACUCUCCUCCAUAAACGCUCUAUGUUUCUGGCAGCCCUGCUUCCGGGAUGUUUGCUUCUCGGCACCCUCCUCUACUUCAUAUUCCACGCAGGCGAUGAUCAUGAUCAGAAUUCCACAGGAUAUGGAAGCUAUAAAUCAGAGCUGAAACAUUCGUUGGGUCUCUCAUCCACUGUUGUCUCCCUUGCAUUCAGUGGGCUGAUAACUACUCUUAUUGGGACCGCUAAAAGUAAUUCGGAUCAAGCCCUUACCAUAAACACGAAAAUCUGCAUCUUUCAGAUGUUCUUCGCCGCCAUGUUCGGCCUUCUGUUGAUGCUGCUCAGCUCAGUCCCACCGAGCUUCAAGCAGCAAAGCACCAGGGAGUUCCUUACCAAGCUCCUCAAAGCACUCAGCUACUCUCUGCUGGGCUCAUUGGCACUCAUAGCCGCUACGGCGGCUUCUGCUUUCCUUGACGUCUUCCUUGUACUGGUUCUCCUGCCGACACCAUUUCUUGGAGUCACUCUUUGGUUCUGCAUAGAGUGGCACAGCACCCAGAAACAGCCGCACGGACCGCGCACUACUACCAACGUUGGUCAUGAUCUCAAGCUCAAACUCAUUUCCAAGGUCGGUACUACCACGACAUCCAUCAGCUUCGGAGGUCUUACGGGCGCCUUCUCAGGAUUUAUCGGCAGAAAAGGCAGUGAAUUGCAGCUCAAGAUCUGCGUGCUGGUGAUGUUCUUCGCAUUUCUGUCCAGUUUCAGCGUGAAGCUGCUCACUUUCAGUACUCCAAAGCCAGGAACUCUGAUGACAGUUAUCAAAUCCUUAAGCACUUGCUCUGUCUUGCUGCUCCUAUUCUCUGCCAUUAUCGUCUUCUUCCUCGAGUUCCUGGGUGGCUGAGCACAACGAAAAUUACUACUUACUUGCUGCUCGGGGAAAUGCUCAUGUCACGUUGAAGUCAGUGGGAUUCGGUCAUAUCCUGAGAGAUCAGAUGGAAUGUGAACAUUGCAUUUGAUUACAGUGUUUCCGAUUGCAAGGUGCCUAUUACGGUGGUAUGUUUCAGAAAAAUGGUUACUUCCUAGCAAAACCUGUGGAUGACAGUGCUAUCGAGAUGGAAAGGCAGAAGUGAAAGCAUAAGAUGCUAACCUCGAAGUCCGGAAGAAGUCUAUCGUUACAUAUAUCCAAGAUCGGAGCAGUUCAUGUGGAAGAUGGACGACAGUUCCCUCAGUAUAUCUGCAGAGAAGCAAGAUGAUCAGCUGCUGUCCCUAUGACUAUCCUGCGAGCUGUACUAGUGAAAUUAUUUGCAUAGAAGAUCUGAUUAGGGGAAAUGAAACUCGAGCGAGGGAGUCUGACCUGAAAGAUGAUGAUGAUGAUACAGUGAUGGUGCGAGCAGUUCUUACCAGAUCUAAGAUGAGUUUUGAGUACUGCCUGCAACCACGGCUAAAUCCAACAAGCAAUACAAAUGAUUUUGAAGGACAGAAGAUGCUCGUCUCAACUUGAUGUAAUGUAUUCUUUCCCUUCUCCAAGCUGUUUAGGUGCAUCUGCAUUUGGCUGGACUAAGAAUUUUCUAUUACCCGUAGUUCAUAAUUAAAGACUGUCAACUAUGUUA